AUGGCUACCGCUCCAGUCCCUCCUCCAGACACUGCGCAGCUUCUGGCACCGUUUCUUCCUGCCAUUCCACCAGCCGCGAUUUCGAAGCAGCCGGCCAUUGGCAUUCUGCCUCUCUUAUCUCCCAUCCUCCGUCAACGAGUCAAUAUUCUGUCCUCCUCAAGUACCGAGCCAUGGCUGCGCCUUCUCUGCUACGAUACAUCCAAGGUGCCUGAGCUUACCCAGAUUGCCCAAGGCGGCAGUCUUGAGCCUCACCCUGUAUCCGGAGAGGUCGAGGUAGACUGGGAUUACGAUGCUGAGAUCCGCUACCGCCGGGUCGACCAAGAGACCCUGCAGGCUUUGGUCGCCCUCUCCAAUCUUGGCCUGGCCUUUCGGCUCGUCUACUGUGUAGGCGACCAAGAAGGGGGCGGUGACGGGUGGAGGGUUGGCGAGGUGACUACCACGGAUAAGCCUUCUCCGUUCUCGCAGUUUGGCGGUGUUUCCAAUAUUGCAGAGGCUGAGCGCCAAUUUGAAGAGGCCCAAGCAAAGAAGGCGACCAAGCAAACAACUAGUGCGACCAGCCACAGUUUACACGUCCCGAAUGGCGGUCUUGAAGAUGAGGACGACGACGACGAUUACUGGGCGCGAUAUGAUGCAACACCUGCUCGCACACCCGCCCAGAAGCAGUCACCCGCUCCUCCAUCCAUGCCAACUUCUCAAGUUGGGGACCACCACACGUCUUCAGCCGAGGACGCAUAUUUUGCGCAGUACGACACUGUCCAGCCCGCCAUGGACAACCACGAUCCUGACGAGGAAGAGGCGGCAAAGCAGGCGCAGAUUGCUCCACCUCUUGGGCUUGGACAGGUCGUGACGCACGACUCUGCCGAAGCCACAGAACUUAACGAGACUCAAGGGGCAUGGACACUGGCCGAGCUCGACAAGAGUGAUUCAAGCCCAACCCGAAGCGGGGAUGACUCUGAGCGCCACGCUGCUCUCCUGCACCCGCGCCCAGCCUCAAGCGCCAGCUCCAACGGGUCGGAAACGGUCGCCAAGCUUGAAGCCUCAGCCGGCAAGCAGGAGCAGAACGAGUUUGGCGUCAAGCAGCAUGUCUCGCGUAGUAUUCGCAGUCUGUACAUGCUUGCCCGCGCCUCGGGUAUCGAUCGUCAGGAGUUUGAACGCAUCAUCCAUACCGAGCUUGACGUUCUCGGUAUGGUGGAGGAUCACGAUUGA